CAGUUUGUUUCACCCACUUUAUUAGUUUAUAGUUAACUUUGCAUGACCGUGUUGAUAAUUUGUACAGAACUGAUAUCACACUUUAGUGUUUUUUUUAGUUUUUUUACCUCCCGCUCUGGCGUUGGUACGUCCCGACGUAGGCGGGUUCCAGAGGCAGCACGUGGUCGGACCAGAAGAUCCUCGCGCAGCGCAGGGAGUUAAGUUUUGUAGUUUUUUUUUUUUUUUUUGCGCGUAGAUUUUUGUUAAUUUAAAGUUCUGUUGGUCAUGGAGUUUGAGGAAUCCGGUAUCGGAGAGGAAUGUGGUGUUUUCGGCUGUGUUGCAGCAGGAGAAUGGCCAACACAGCUGGAGGUUGCUCAGAUUCUAACACUGGGGCUUGUAGCUUUACAGCACAGGGGCCAAGAGAGUGCAGGCAUUGUUACAAGCAAUGGGUCCAGUCCACCCACAUACACCACGCUCAAGGGCAUGGGAUUAGUGAGCACAGCUUUUAAACCAGAAGACUUGCUGAAACUGCGAUACGGUAACCUGGGGAUCGGGCACACGCGCUAUUCGACUACAGGAAUGUCAGAGCUGCAGAACUGCCAGCCCUUUGUGGUGGACACGCUGCAUGGCAAGAUCGCAGUGGCACACAACGGAGAACUUGUCAAUGCUGCAGCACUGCGCAAAAAGGUGAUGAGACAUGGCGUGGGUCUUUCCACUAGUUCAGACAGCGAGCUCAUCACUCAGCUCCUUUGUCUUACUCCACCCAUGGAGGAGGUCGACACUCCUGAUUGGGUUGCACGCAUCAAGAACUUGAUGACCGAGACACCAACGUCUUACUCCCUGCUGAUAAUGCACAAAGAUGUGAUCUACGCUGUGCGAGACCCAUACGGCAACAGACCCCUGUCUAUCGGACAGCUGGUGCCAAUCUCCAAACUACACAGCAAUGGAAAUGGAGAAGGACACACAGAAGGCUGGGUCGUCUCCUCGGAAUCCUGCAGCUUCCAGUCUAUUGGUGCCAAGUAUUACCGUGAAGUCCAGCCUGGAGAAAUAGUCCAGAUCUCCAAACAUGGCAUCCAGAGCCUGAACAUAAUCCCCCGUCCCGAGGGAGAUCCUCCAGCCUUCUGUAUCUUCGAAUACGUCUACUUUGCCAGGCCAGAUUCCAUAUUUGAAGGUCAGAUGGUGUAUUCGGUCCGGCAACGCUGUGGACGCCAGCUGGCCAUGGAGGCACCCACUGAUGCAGAUGUGGUCAGUACAGUGCCUGAGUCUGCAACUCCAGCUGCUUUAGGAUAUGCAGAAAUGAGCGGCCUGCCUUACGUGGAGGUCCUGUGUAAAAACCGCUACGUCGGCAGGACAUUUAUUCAGCCAAACACUCGUUUGCGUCAGCUUGGGGUGGCGAAGAAAUUUGGGGCGCUGACGGACAACUUCGCCGGCAAACGAGUCGUUCUUGUUGACGACUCAAUCGUCCGAGGCAACACCAUCUCCCCCAUCAUUAAACUGCUGAAAGAGGCCGGAGCCACUGAGGUCCAUAUUCGUGUGGCUUCUCCUCCAAUUCGGUUCCCCUGCUACAUGGGCAUCAACAUUCCUACCAAAGAAGAGCUUAUUGCUAACAAACCAGAGUUCAAGGACAUUGCUGACUAUAUUGGAGCCACCAGCGUGCGUUACCUGUCCGUCGAGGGCCUGUUGACUGCAGUACAAAGUGGGAUCAAGCCGUACGACAAGGAGCAGAUCGGCUCCAGCAGCAGAGCAGGCGCGAAACUGGGUCACUGUACGGCCUGCCUGACUGGCAAAUACCCCGUCGAGCUGGAGUGGUGAUGAAACGCGCAGCAACAUGACAGCCAGUAUUGCACCUCGUGAAAACCUGAGCCCGUGACAAGUGGGAACCGUUUGUGGGUAGAAUAGGGUCAUGAUCCUGGCAGGUGUGAGAGGGAAUAGUGAUGCCCGUGUUUAAUUCUAAUGCUCUAUAUUAAGUAGAGUUUCUACUCUCUCAAGGACACUGAAGCUCGUUUACACUUUUGUAUAUUUCGACACAUAAUCACUGUGAUGCAGCACAUACUUCAAUAUCAUAACGUAUGUGUGCGCUCAAAUUUAAGCACUUUUUCACCCAUCAGCUUUUCCGCCUUUCCCCUAUUGAAUGACGUCGGUUCACCUGGAGCUAUAGGCAGAUCAUUUCUAUAUAGACAUGAAGCUUUACAUGUUACCGAAUAGCAUUAUGAUGUUGAUGACUCUCGAUGACAUUCCUAAUUUUUCCAACAAAAAAAAAAAAAAUUGUCCAUAGUGUUUUUCUAUGUUUUUUCUAAUUUAGUUAUGCAGAAUAACUUGUUGAAAUUCAUUGUAAUAAUA